AACAUUGAGCCCAGUCUGUCUAGAGCAGCGGUAUCUCAAGGUCAUUUCCAAUCCAGUACAGAGAAGGCUGCCUGACUCAGUGAUACGGGUCCAGUGCAUUUGGCCUCGCUGCCACAUGCUUCCGUUAUUUCACUAUAUUCCGUUAUUUCACUACUAUGUUUUUUCUCCAGAUUGUUCUUUUUAAGAACACGGUUUUCCAAGUCGGUUCGGGCUACUUUACAGGUGACUUCAAGUUGUGUUCAUUCAUAUUGUGCUACAGCAUAUCUGACCCCAUUUACUGAUGGUUUAAGACAGGCCAUCCAAUUUCAUUUGGAAAUGCCAAUUUCAUGGACCCAGAAGUACUUUAUAUCAAGCCCUGAGAGGUCACUGCCAGGAACCCUGCUUUCCAUUUCAUUCAUUCGCUGAAUCAAUGACCCAUGUGCCCAUUGAAAGGAUACGUAUAUCUCUACUGUCCUCUGGUGGAGGCAGUGUGACAUUGACUGCAGUCAUUUAUUGUCCUCAGCAUGUAGUCAUCUACCAAGGCCUGAAUAUCACAGACAUGCAGAAAGAAGGCAUAUUCAUUGUGACAAUAGUAGGACUUGUAUAUUAAUCUAGAGAAUAUGAUUUCCAUAUAACUAUAGGCCUACAGGCUGUGGGCGUGAUACACGAUCCUUCUCAGUGUGCCCCAUACCUUACUUUGAAUCCUGAAAUGAUGCUAUUUUGUGUCGAAAGAUUCACUGUAAUGAUGGACGACACUAAAAUAGUCAAGAAAAACAUAUUGCAGCUUUUGGUUUAAUACACUCAGAUAUAAAGAGCGUUAUAGAUGCGUAUUCAUAUAUAUUACAGAAAUAUUACAUUUCUUUGGUGAUCAUAAAAAUCCACAAUGUAAGGUAUAUACUAAUACGUAUUAUUGUUAUUGUAAAAUCAAGAUUCUUUUGCUGCUGCAAAGGAUGGGCGUAGAUUAGGCAAUAUGGCAACAAUAUGGCAGAGAAACGGAAGACAGUGAAUGUGUGAAUCUCGUUUUAAAUUACUUUAAGUAUGCAAAGAUUUACGCACUACGUUAAGGGACUGUUUUUGCACCGUGAUUUUACCGGUAACGCUAAAGUCUGUGACCACCGUAUUCUGUGAAUCCAGAGGCGCUGUUUCAGGAUUCAAAUGUUUCUGGAGACAAAGAACAAUACCUGGAAACAGUUACAAGGCUCUAGAAGUUAAUAUAAUAUUACCUCAUCUGUCCAUGUGCAUCCUAUAAUGACCUGGCAUCUGUUCCAAGGUGAUUCCCUGUGACCCGGUACUAGAUCAGCAGCUGGAAAAUGGAUGGACGGACGGACGGAUGUUCUGCACAACGUUUAACUGUCUUCUCGGUUACACGUAUAACGCAUGAAAGUACCUCAAUGAAGCAGAUAUCGCUUAAAAUAUAUAUUGGUAGCCUAUAGCCCACACCACAAAGAGGCUGAAUUAACAGUGUUCAUCGCCAUACUGCAAUGCAGUGGUGUGUUGGAGGAAAGCAGUUAUGAUUCUAGCAGGGAAAAAUCCAUCUGAAUAGAGAGCGCAAGCGAGCAGAGAGGGCUACGUGUUCACACAGGUCCUGACUGAGCGUUUGUGAGCGAGAAGGAAUAAAGGCGAGAUCCAGAGAGGGAGGCCAGUCGAUGGAUGUUGCCUGGGCCGAGGGGACGGCACAUUCUUCACUAGCGAGGCAGGAAACGGAGUCAAAAUUGAGGGGAAAGGGAGAGAUUCACCUGGAGGCAUGGUGUGGUGUGAGAAGGGGAUCCAGAUCCUGCUCACCAUCGUCGGGGCCUUCGCCGCGUUUGGCCUGAUGACUGUGGCCAUCGGCACUGACUACUGGCUCUAUGCCCGGGCUUUCAUCUGCAACAGCACUGCCAACUCCUCACAGGACGAAUCCCAGAACAAAGACAAGAAGGACCCCGGAGCGCUCACCCACUCCGGCCUCUGGAGAAUCUGCUGCCUCGAAGGGCUGAAGAGAGGAGUGUGCUCACAGAUCAAUCAUUUCCCCGAAGACGCUGACUAUGACCACGAUGGGGCGGAGUACCUUUUACGCGUGGUCCGAGCAUCCAGCAUCUUCCCCAUCCUUAGCGCUAUUCUCCUGCUAACGGGAGGAGUGUGCAUCGCUGCCAGUCGCUUUUACAAGAGCAAGAGGAACAUUGUUCUAGGUGCCGGAAUUCUCUUUGUGGCUGCAGGUCUCAGCAACAUCAUAGGGGUAAUAGUGUACAUCUCAGCGGCUUUGGGUGACAUCUCCCCAAAGAAGGAUGAGGACAAGAAGUGGCACUACUCCUAUGGCUGGUCCUUCUACUUCGGGGGCCUGUCCUUCAUCCUAGCGGAGAUGGUGGGGGUGCUGGCUGUCAACAUCUACAUCGAGAAGAACAAGGAGCUGCGCUGCCGCUCACGCACCGACCUUCUGAAGAGCACCACCCACGCCGUGCUGCGACUCCCUAGUUACCGCUUCCGUAAUCGCUCCCGGUCCAGUUCCCGCUCCACCGAGCCCUCGCGUUCCCGUGACCCCUCGCCAGUUGGCGCUGGCAAGAACUUCAGUGUCGCACCCUCAAGCCUUCUCCCUCCCCAGCCGGCCCCCCCGCCCAUCUCAGUCGCCACCCUGCCCAACCCACACUCACACACCACCCAUUCGGCGCUGGGUGGAGACAUCUCCAUGUACACCCUGUCACGGGACCCCAAGCUGGCUGGUCUGGGGGGACUGAGCACAGCCCCCAUGUACGGGACAGUGGAUCGAGCCACCCUCUACCAACUGCACAACUGCUUCCCCAAGGAGGGUACAUCUGGAGCGAUGCUGAGCGGCACCUUGCCCUCGCUAUCCAAGCUGAAGGCCAACAACCCCGCACUGGCUCAAAACUCAUCUAGUAGCAAUGUACCCCUACCAAACUCCUCCUCUGCCUCUGUACCUCCUGCCCAGGCCCCUCCGUCUCUGUCAUCAUCAACAGUGGACAGGGAAAGGGCUGUGGGCACCCUGGAUAGACUAGGAAAAGCAGAGAGAGAGCGGGAGAGUGGUAAUUCCAACACCUUGAAUAGGAAGACAACACCAGUGUAGACAGCCGUAUCGAGGAGUACGAAGGGACAUGACUGUGAGGCACGUCAAGAGCGAUGGUAGGUAUUAGCCAGCGUGUAGAGCUACACCAGGGGAGAGUUAUAUGUACCUCAUUUGUCUUCACUCCCCUUUUUUAGAUACCAUAUACCGCAGAGAAUAGUACAUUGUCAUUUUUGUUAUGAUGCAUAAUCACCACAACGUUUAUUACUUAACUGAAAAUUAUUAGUUCAUUAAUGUGACAAUUACUGUUAUACUUGGAACACCAUUUUUUUUUUACUCUUUAAUUACUGACAGUUACAGUGUGGUACCAUUAAUAGAAAACACAUUGAGUUUUUUGUGCUUUAUAAUAGGUUUUAUGGUCUCAGAUUUAAUAGGAUCUUAUUGUUGUUCUUACAAUAGUCGUGCUAAUCUUGGUUUGCAAAGUUAAUUUUUGAAAUAAUGCUUUCUAAAUUACUUUUUUAUUGUUUAGUUUUUGAAGGAUACAAAGUGAUUCCUUGCGCAGUGACAUAAAGUCAUCAUCGAUGUAUAUGAGCAAGAGAUUGAGAGAAUGAUUGCAACUGUUAUUGCUAUUGUUAUAAUUAUUGUUAUUGCUAUUAUGUUUUUGGUGAAAUUGUUUUUAUUUGGUUGCAUUUGAACACGUUAAUAGAAGUUGUCAAUUUUUCUUAUAAAGCAGGUAAAAUUCCAUUAACUAUAAUGACUGGUAGACUAACCUACCUGAAAGAAACUAAACUAGUGACUGACAAGUGUUGUCUAUAUCAUGACUUUUAUAUUUAUCUGUACUGCUGUUAAUUCUGUUAUUGGUAACAGUAAUAGUAUUUUUUUAUCGUUAUCAUUUGGAAUUGUUGCAGGCUUUUGGCUAUCACUGUAAACGUGAGUUUUGAUGACUGAUGAGCGUAUCCUUCUACAGGGAAACACUGCUGCACUGAUACACUGUUUCACUGAUACACUGUUUCACUGACACACUGAUUCACUGUUUUACUGACACACUGAUUCACUGUUUCACUGACACACUGAUUCACUGUUUCACUGUUUCACUGAUACACUGAUUCACUGACACACUGUUUCACUGAUACACUGUUUCUCUGAUACACUGUUUCACUGAUACACUGUUUUCACUGAUACACUGUUUCACUGACACACUGUUUCACCAGACUCUGCUGCCAUUUCUAAUGGGACUGAAAUGCUAAGAUUUUCCUAAAGCAGGGACUACAAAAAAGAUAUAAAUGCAUAUGGGAAAAAUUAUUUUGGAGAAAAAUAUUUUAAAAGAUUUCAAUAUAAAUUCAAUAUAAGUAUAUGCUAUGUAUAAAUAUAUCGAUAACGUUGGUAAAACGUAUAUAAUUUUAGAGCAGUUUUAAAUGUGGUGGGGAUAUAUUUUUGUUUAUUAUUCCUUGUUAUAUAAAUAAUAUGAACAUCAAAACAUUCAGUGAAUUUACUAAGAAAAAAACUCCAUAAUCAAUUCAGACUGCCAUUGAUUUAGCAAAUACCUCUAUAUAUUUGACCUUCUGUUUAUCCUUAUAUAAAUAUAUACAUGCAUAGAUGCUGUUUGAUGUGAAAAAGUCUUGGGGAAAUAAACUAAUACCGUUGGAGUGGAGUCACAAUGUGUAGCACACAGGCAGCAUAAAUAUGCAUAUAGCGUAAACGUAUGGUUUAGUAAAUAUACAUAGGUAAAUGAUUUGAUGAACUGUGGAGCUGAGAGACUGUACUGCAUGAAAUUUGUACUAAAAGAAAGAAGCAAAGUCA